UCGAUUAUCGAAUUGGACUAUCGAUGUUUUCGAUUUCAUUCAUUUCCAACCAUCUUGAGAAUUUGGUUUUGGUUCAAUUUUGGUUUUGAUUGUUUUUCUUUUGUUUUGGUAAUUAACUUUAAUUCUAACAUGAUGGAAAGUCGGCGUAGAGACGCUCGUUAUACCAAUAAGCGGUUCUUCCGUACGGUUAAUGAUUCAUAUGAUGGUCAUGAUGAUCGAGGUCCGAAUAAUAAUAACAAUAAUAAUAAUAGUAACCGGGGAUCUAAUAGAGAUAGAAGAGUCGCAAGGGCUCGUGAUGGUGAUCACCGAAAGGUGAAUUUGAAAUCAUAUCAAGCUGGUAGUAGAAAAGAUCGUUACAAAAUCGACAGAAGAAACAGGAUAGAUCAAGAUGCUGAUGACUCUGAGAUGUGGUUUAAAAUUGUGGUACCUAGAGGUGCUAAAUGUACGAAGGAACAUUUAAUGAAUCAAUUUCAGCAAAAUAGUGGUGUUGUUUUUUUACCAUAUAAUUUCCAUGCUGAAAAUAACUCAGCUGUCUUCUUUAUACAAGGAGGAGAUCAAAUGUCUGCUAUUCGAGCUUGUAGUAGACGCAUAUACGACACUGAUGGUUACGCACUUCCUGUUAGUGUACAGCCAAGUCCAAUUCCCGCUCCACCAAUGAAUAAAAAGACCGAAGAUACAAUAUCUGUUGCACUUAAAGGACGUUUUAAUUAUCAACUUAAAUCACUAUUCUUAAAUACUUUCAAUCAAGAUCGUAGUUUCUUGGAAUCGGAUUUGUACAUUCCCCUUAGUCGUCUAUCUAUAUUUAAUUUAAUUGUUGAGAAAAUAAGGAAAGAGUAUUCUGAGAUUGUCGGUUUAAGUGUCUCUGAUAACAAAUUGACUACACUGAGCCCAUUAUCUCAUCUUUCCUCGAUAUGUAAAAAUUUAAAAGCUCUUGACAUCUCUAAAAAUAAGAUUAAAUCUGUCACUGAACUGGACCAUAUUAAGACCUUUGAGUUGACCGAACUCGCAAUCGAAGGUAAUCCUUUUGCUAAUGCUGCCGCUUUCUCUGAAGCUGAUAAAAGUACUCUGGUCAGUUCCUUGCGAAAACGUUUCCCUAAGCUAACAAAAUUGGAUGGAGUUGAUUUACCUCCAGCUAUUGGAUUCGAUGUUGGUGAUACCGAUGACAUCCCUCCAUCAUACGGUCAUCAUAUUCCAAAUGAGAUUAAGAAUUUUGUUGCCGAAUUUUUAGACCAAUAUUUUAAGAUAUACGAUUCUGAUGAUCGAAGACCAAUGCUUGCUGCUUAUCAUGAUCAAGCUGUUUUUUCUUACAGUAUUGGGAGAACUGAUAACAAAGUUAAUACAUUCACUCAGUCAAUGAUUUCUGGCAGUCGAAAUUUAUUGAGAAUUCGAGACGAUGGUGAAUCAAAAACCAAACUGUUACAUGUUGGAGGUCAAGCAAUUGUCGACGCCUUAGCAGCCAUGCCACGGACUAAACAUGCUCCAUCUUUGAUGAAAAUUGAUGUUCCCUUUUAUUAUCAACAAAACUUUUUCGUUGUGGUUGUGAAUGGAGUUUUUAAAGAGUUUACAAAAAAACAAGUACACACUCGAGCCUUUGGAAGAACUUUUCUCAUUGUUCCUCAAGGUCAAGGGUUUGUCAUAAUUAAUGAUAUACUAGUAAUAACCAAUGCCACAGUUGAACAAGUUCAACAAUUUAGUAGAACGUUGGAAACUGAUUCAAUAAUCAACUGUAUCAAAGAAGAUCGCUUUGGUUCAGAUUGUCUUGAAAGUCUUUCUCUUGGUAGUUUGGGUGAUCUCGGUUUCAAUCAACAACAACAACAACUAUUAAUUCAACAACCAUCGAUACAAAGUCAACCAUUAAUGUUGGAUGAUGCAAGUAAAGAAGCAAUGGUUCAACAAUUUUGCUCCAUGACGAAUAUGAAUCGACAAUUUUCAGCCCAAUGUCUUGCCGAAAACGCAUUUGACUUGCAAAAAUCUUUCGACGUAUUCAACCAAUUAAACAAACAAGGAGCAAUACCAGAAGCAGCUUUUCAACAAUGAUUAUUAAUAAUUCACACUCACUGAGAUUAUCUAUCAAUAACCUUAACCUUUUUUGUAUCUCAACUCUUUUCUGAUAAAUUGUUAACGGUAAUUUCAAAUUAAUCUUCUUUUGAUUCUUUGUCUUAUCCUUUCAAAAAACCUUCAUGUAAAUAUUAACGACAAACUUUAUAAACCAAUUUUUUUGUGAAAUCUUAAAAAUGUGUAAAUCUUUUGAACAGCCAUCGCCCAUUCAGACACUGAUACUUUUCAUCAAGUGUAUACUAAUCAGUUAGAAAAUCAAUAAAAUCUAAAUUCAACUACAA